CUACUACUAUGAUCAACAUUGAAUUUGCUCACAGUAUGCGUCUAGUAGUUUCAUUUCAGGAUAAAAAUAUUGGUCAACCACCAGUUAAUUAUUGUAACAUUACUGUAAAUGAUAAUAGCACAGCCUGCCAAAUAAAUGAAAAUUACACAUUUCCUAUAAUACAUGGAGCUAAUAAUACUUACAAUGUUACAGUUUGUAAUGUUGUUGGAUCAAUAAAUAAGACUGGCAAUGUACGAGUUCCUAUAGUGCCCACUACAGUAUUUUUGUCUGUGACUGUAACACAAACAGUAGCAUCUGGUUUUUCUGCUGUUGGUGAUCCUGCUAUAUUUUCUAUUCCAUUUAUUGUUCUUGGACUAUUAAUUAUAUUGUUUAUUGGUUGGCUUGUGCUAAGGAUAUGUUGGAAGAAACAAUGGUGCUGUCCCAGGAUUUGGAAGAAAGGCUUUUGGUUACUUUUCUUUUGCUGUGAUUGUUGUACUUAUGAUGCUAAAGUGUGAAAAACCCAAAUGUUGGAGGAGAGAAGGGAAAUGA